AAAAAUAAGAGGACCGAAGAUGUCAGCCAGGGUGUACAAACGAAAGCUAUUGUAUGGCAAAAGGUUACAUGUGGACAACAAAUUUCAGAAUAGGGAAAAUGAAGAUCUGUUUAGCACCAAUUUCGAUUCCUCAUAUUUACUAACGACAGCAUAUGAAAGCAUUGAGCAAGCACCAUCUAUUGGAUGUAUGGUUGGUAAUAGAGGUAAUUCUGAAAUUGGUAGUGUCGAUUUUAGUUAUGAUGCACCACCAUCAUACAAUGACGUAGCUCCUCGAGAUAGAUCUCAAACAUAUGAGUAUCCCAGGCACAGUGGUGUUCAGAAUCAUUUGAGAGAUCUUACGAACACAAGCGACGCCAAUCAAAGGAAAAAGAAGAAAAUCACGACAAUGAUGGACAACAACAUUCGGGUGUAAAACCCCUCCUUUUCAGAAAAUGUAUUUUUAUACUUAUUAUGAGCUAUUUUAUUUAUUUUUUUAUGAAGUGAAUAUGUGGAAAAUUCAUAUAAGGAUGUAAUAUUGUUACUUAAAA